AGCCGUAUUUUAACAAUGCAUUUUCUUACUGUUGUACUGACAGGGUUUCUUCUAGUAGGUUUUGCUGCUUGUCAGCUAUCUCGACCACUUUCAUUUAGCCCUUUCCAGCGAUGUAAUCGCCAAGAGAUGGCAGUAAUGUAUCAGCAGGUUGCCCAGUGUACAAAUGGCGUCACCGGAAGUAGCAAUUUCAACGAUGAACUACUAAACAAGACACUCAGCGGGGAUCUUCAGUUCAUGUGCAGCAAGUUGGAUGAGAUCCUCUCAUGUUCCAAUUAUGGUCAUCAAAUGCCCUGUCUAACCAAACCAGAGCGAGAUUACCUCUACACAAGUUCGAAGGCUCAAUACGCAGGUCUUCAAUAUCUUUGUGGAAACAACCAAGCUAACUUUAGAGCUUUUAUUCAGAGUGGCGGACUUGACUGUGCUGAUGAUGUGGACCCUCGUAAAACUUCUGCUUGUCUCCUUCAAGUCGCCGGAAUAUUUUACGGAGGAAACUUGGCCCUCCAAUUUGACGAAAGAAUGUGCGGACUCACUCGUCGCUCCAUGGGUUGCGUAGCUAGUUUGUUUGGUCACUGUAACAGUAACGUCCAGAACAUUAUUAGCGGAAUGAUUCAAACUAUUGUAAGCGAAACGCCUUGCUCAAGAUCCACUGCAAAGUAUCCCUCCUCCAGUCAACCAAUAGCUAGCUUUCUUAAAGCACUUUCAUCUGCCGGUUAUCAAGCUAGAGCAUCUAACGGUGCUCCAGUUAUUUUGUACUAACUUUUUUAUUGUAAUCAUCAUAUAUUCUCAUGCACUAGAUUCUAAUUAGUCAUACUUAGAGCACCAUUUCACGCGUCAUAGAAUACAAAUAAUGCAGUUAAUAUUUAAAAUAAAUACUGUUACACGUUACGAUUGACUAUAUAAAUAUUCUAUUCACAAGAAAUUCAGUACUUGAAGUUAACGAGUUGGCACACCUCUUUGUACUUGUUGAUAGACUUUGAGAGACAGGAAAUAUUAGUCAAAUGUGAACAAGUUUUUAGUGUAUCUCAGAGAUUCUCUGGAUUUCAUGUUUAGUGUUAUUUCGACUCAGCAGGCUGAACAAGAAAGUAGUACCCAAGGCUAAUCUAUGUCAUCAUCUGAAUUUUCAUCGUAGUUUUUC